CAGCCGCAGGUCUCAUGCUCAUGAUCAGACGAGAUGUGCGACGCUGGGGAGCAUGAUAGCCGUUGCCUGGUUGUCGAAUGAUCUUCUCUGUUGGGAUGUAGGCGUUUGAGUGUUUUCACCAUGGGACAGCGUCUGAGUGAGGAAAGUGAUCCAGAUAAGGAGAUCGAUGUUGCAGAGUUGCAGGAGUGGUACAAGAAGUUUGUGGUGGAAUGUCCAAGCGGAACUCUUUUCAUGCACGAAUUCAAGAGUUUUUUUGGCGUCACCGAGAACAAGGAGGCUGCAGACUAUAUUGAAAACAUGUUUCGGGCUUUUGACAAGAACGGGGACAACACCAUUGAUUUUUUGGAGUAUGUCGCCGCUCUAAACCUUGUGCUGAGAGGAAAACUGGAGCACAAGCUUAAAUGGACCUUCAAAAUGUACGACAAGGACGGAAGUGGAUGUAUUGAUAAGACAGAGCUUCUGGAGAUCGUGGAGUCUAUUUAUCGACUGAAAAAGGCCUGCCAUGGAGAGCUGGACGAGGAGUGCAAUCUCUUGACCCCAGACCAAGUGGUGGACCGGAUCUUUGAGCUGGUUGAUGAAAAUGGAGAUGGGGAGUUGUCCUUGGACGAGUUCAUUGAUGGAGCCCGGCGUGACAAAUGGGUAAUGAAGAUGCUGCAGAUGGAUGUCAACCCAGGGGACUGGAUGACGGAGCGCAGAAACAGCACUAACUUCUAGGGAUGGACAUCAAUAAAUCGAUCUCCACAAACCUC